AUUUUAUUUUAGUACACAUUGAUAUUGAUAUUAGGUCAAAAGGCCACCACUGAAAAAAGAAAAACAAUCCCUGCCAACAAGAUGAACUCCUUGGGGAGCAGAUUGUCUUCCAUCUUCAAUCGCACGAAUGCAUCUCUGAACCCAGUGAGUUGGGAGCUCCAACAAUAUCGUGGGAUCCGAGUGAAGGUGUAUAACAAUAACCUGGAGAGAGCACUUGGUGUGAUGCAGAGGAUGAUGCAGUCCAGUGGGAUCGAACGACUCAUUAAGCGCCCUGAGACUCGCCAUAUCAAGAACUGCGAGAAGCGGGUAUUGGCUAAGAAACUCCUCCAGCGCAAGCUCCAGUCCCAGGAACUUGCUCGCAAGCUCAAAUCCAUCCUCGUCAAGAGAAUCAGGGGUCUAUAAGAGGAAUAAAAAGGAUCUUGUCUACAUUGGUGGUGACAGUCAACCACUAUUUUGAGUGUGGUUUCUCUGUACUUUGAAAUAUAAUGCAGAACAGUGGUGGAAAGUAAAGCCUCCAUUAGAUCUUAUUAUAUCCUCGUAAAACAUGGGUGAGGAGGAUGCAUUUCUAGCUUUAGCUUCGUAUUAUGUAUAAAUGCAAAAGGUACUUGGAUGGACAUACAUUUACAAGUAUUUCAUGAAUUUUCAGUAUGCCCAGUCUGUCUUGAUAAUUGCCAUUUAGGAGUGCCAUUAGUUAUUGAGCAUAAAUCUUUGCAGCAACAAACCUAAUACUCCUCUUUCCCAUUUAUAGGUUCUCGUCCAAUAUUCUCUGAUCAAUGUGAAUUGUUCUUAA